AUGGCGUCCAAGGAGCUCCCCGCACGUCUCAAGGAAGGCAUCGAGAGCACAAAAGUCGAAUAUCGCCAGCUCGGAAAGUCCGGACUUCGUGUUUCAGUUCCCAUUUUUGGCUGCAUGAGCUUUGGAGAUUCUCGCACCAUCGGCUGGGCCUUGAACGAAGAUGAGGCACUUCCGCUGCUAAAGGCCGCUUACGAUCGCGGAUUGAACACUUGGGAUACGGCAAACGUGUACUCCAACGGAGCCUCCGAGAGGACCAUCGGCAAGGCGCUGAAGAAGUACAACAUCCCACGUGAGAAGGUCAUCAUCUUGACCAAGUGUUUCUUUGCCGUCGGCGAAGAGCCUGAGACUCGUCAUUUCAACUACCGCGAAGAGAUUAACAAGUCCAAGGACUAUCAGAACCAAUGGGGUUUGUCCAGGGCUUCCAUCUUUAACCAGGUUGAGGCAUCUUUGAAGAGAUUGGACACUCCUUACAUCGACCUACUUCAGAUCCACCGAUUCGACCCCAGGACACCCAUUGAAGAAACCAUGAAGGCCCUGCACGAUUUGGUACAGUCAGGAAAGGUCCGCUAUAUCGGUGCGAGCAGCAUGUGGGGCACCCAAUUCGCCCAGAUGCAGUUCACUGCCGAAAAGCAUGGUUGGACAAAGUUUGUGAGCAUGCAGAAUCAGUAUAACUUGCUGUACCGCGAGGAAGAGAGGGAGAUGAACCGAUUCUGUGAUGCUACCGGAGUAGGACUCAUCCCGUGGGCUCCUCUUUGUCGUGGUCACUUGGCCCGACCCCCGAAGGAUUUCGGCUCCACCUCGCGCAGCAAGACCGAGAAGGAGGGCCAGCCCGGAAGCCAUGGAACCGUGGAGCCGGAUCUUACCAUUAUCCAGCGAGUUCAGGAGAUCGCGGAGAAGCGCAACUGGCCCAUGUCCCACGUGGCUCUGGCAUGGAUCAACAAGCGCAUCACGAGUCCCAUCAUUGGCUUCAGCAGCGUCGAGAGAAUUGAUCAGGCAAUCACUGCUGACGGCAAGGUUUUGACUGACGAGGAGGAGAAGUACCUCGAGGAACUCUACCAGCCCAAGGCUAUCUCGGGUCAUGCGUGA